GUACUUAAAAUGAUCUGUAUUGAUUAAGCUUGGUUUAUAAUAGCAUUAGUAUUAUAGGCAUAAGAGGAUCAAAUUCUAUUUUCUGUGUAUAUGUGCCAAACCGAUUAACAUCCAAGUGACAUGAAAACUAAUAUCUUGUUUAUAUAUUGUUUUGUUUUUUGUAAUUAAAAUAUCGCUAUCUAGUCUUUGAGACGACAAAAACCGGUAUAUUUCAUUGUCAUUCUUAUUCUUUAGGUUUUGAGUGCAUUUUUAAAAAAACUUAAAUUGGAAAAAAGAAAAAAAUAGAAUCUGACGACAGAGAAAAUAUAUACGAUUUGCUUAUGAUACUCAGCGCAGUUAGCAUAACAGACAAUUUCUGUGGAUUUGCAUUUUGGUACACCACCAGUCUUGAUUUGAGUGAAAGACAUUUGUAAGAUUUUUGUGUACAGCAACUCAGGAUAAAUAAAUGCAGUCUGAGCAACUUAUUUCAAUGGGUUAAGUAAAUGCUCUAAAUGGAAUAAAGAACAGCGCUAUCACAAAAUACAAAGUGGUAUUUACUAGCGGUUAAAACCGCAGGCAUCGUAUUGGAUACACGACGAGGUUCACUCGAACCGGCAUCAUUACCACCAUUGAGACUCCCGAGCAGCUGAGGCCGUACAAAGGCAAGCUUUCAGAUGAGCAGUUUGCCGCCCUCCUCAAGGCUUAUAGAAAAGCAUUCUGGGAGCAGGCCGGGAAGGGUGAAAAUGGGAUCCGGGGAAUGACAACAUCCGGAGAUCUUUCCCCGGGCGGAAGUAGCUUUGCCAGCCCCUUAUCAUUUGUUCAUCCUCGACACAAGAACAGAACAACUUAUGUACAGAGGUGGAAAGUUUUACGGGACAGAAACAAAAAUCUUCCGAAGCUCGAUUUCAACGAAAAAGCAACUGGAAUGCCAAAGAAAAUCCUAGGACCCGGGUCAUUUAGCAGAUCACACACGUACGACUCGAUGAAACUACCCUCAAUUUCCACGUGCAGUAUAGUGACAGGGGUUUCGGCUAAAACAGUUCACUCGGAUGGUUACCGUCGUAGAGAUUUAACAAACAAGAAAAACUUACAGGCUGCUCUGCGUUUUGAGCAUUGGAAAUAUAGACAACCGAUGCAGCCAAAGGAACAACAUAGCGAGUCAUACACGGACCUCAGUACACAACGAGAGUACCGUAACCUAGCGGCAGCAUUAUCCAAGUCACUACAAAGUCUCGCAGCAGACGACAGUAUCAGCCAAAAGGGAGAAUCGAGUUCAAAAACUAGUAACAAUAAUAGAUACGAAAGCAUUUCAUAUAAAAAACAUCUCCUUAAGAGGCACAAAACAGUCGAACCGACUGACAAAACUAAACGAAGUAAAGGGGUACCUGUCAAAGGCAAAACAGAGAAAGACCAAUUUCAAAAAUUGCCGGAGAAAGAAUUCGUGUUAGUUAAGAGCCAUACGAAAAUGCAGUCUCCAUUUUUGCUCGACAAACGGGACAAAACAGAAGAAACUUACAAGAAAGCUAAUAAAAGUUUUAGCCACAGUGUGAACUACCCAACCUCUCCACCCACAGAAGACUAUACGAAACGUUCUGACACUGUCACUGUUACUCCGGAUAACGUCACAAUUCACUCUCCGCUUACUUACACUUCGUCUAAUGUCACUAAUCCACAAUACCCUAUUAACAUAUACACACCAUUCCUACAUGGAACUGUUUAGAUGUUGAUAUACAUUCUCAGACCUUUUCUUGUAGUUAAGGAACAUUUACCUGCUAUCAUAAUUAGUCCGAAAAUAAGAUAAGAACAUUCCGUGUAUUUUUAUUUACACAAAACCGUCUGGUCUUUUCUAUUCAAAUGGAUGAUAAUGAGACGAUAAUGAUUUCUGGUUCUUCUAAAUUGCGGAAAAUAACGUCAUUAACCGACUCUAAACAGUUUCUGAAUUUGAAAGUUCACAUAUGAAGCAGUUGAUACUAUAUAAGAAAAUCUGCUGUUCAAGGUGCACAUGUGGCAAGAAUUUCAAGAAAUAUUCCGCCACCAUUUUUGUACAUUUCGUUAGAUCUAUGCGUCUUAUUUGUGUCCCGUUAGUUGUGAAACUUUUUAGGGUUUAUUUUUUCGACGUAAUCUAAAAAGUUCAUCAGUGUUGGGGGAUUUUUCAUGUGUACUGUUCCAUUGUAGCAUUUGACUUUCGUAAAAGCAUGGAACUAAAAUGGUUCGUGAAUGAUUUGCGAUAGAGCAGUAUCCAAUACAAGUAAGAAAAGCAAUAACACGGCAAGGAUACAACAAUCAAUAAGACAACAAUUUCUAAACAUGUGAUGUAGCAAUAUAGGGCCGACGAGUCACAUGGCUCUAUCUAACAAGUUAAGUGUGAAACUAUCGUUAUCAUGAAUCAUUUCAUAUUUUCAUGUUUUCAUUAGAUAUUAUAAAAGAGAGUGAUGGAUCCACUGCUCGUAUUAUUCCACUACCAGACACACAACAGCCUACAAGAUUGUGUGUCUAUAUUUGAAUGUUGCAUGCCAAUGCAUAACAUUUUAUGAAUAACGCGGAGCAAUAGUUCCACCACUUACUAUCAUAUCAUUCUUCUGUUAUUUUCACUGUUGUCAAGUGCUAAGAUUAUUAUCAUAGCUGUAGUAAAAUAUGUUAACUUAUUCAGCCUACAGGUAUUAAAAUUUUUCACUUCGA